UUGCAAGAACUACAAUUUCACAAUAAAGCAGUGCGGAAACCGUGAGACGCUCAAGUCUUGUUUGGUUUUGUUUUUUCCCCGGGUGUACCUGAACGCACCAGUAAAGUCAUCAGACGCUCGCACCCGCUGCGGAUACUGCAGAGCGCCUUUGAAAACAAUGUUUCGGAGCAGGGAAGCAGAUGUAUCUCGAUAACCAAUGAUGGUCCGUCGUUCCAGAGACACUCCUCGGAUCAGGACCGAUGAGUCCAGCGGUUCCGGUGAGUCUGAUGAGUCCGCACGCGGGCUGGCGCCAUGGAUGCGGCUGUACUUCUACGGAAUGCACGGCGUCACCCUGGAUGUGCUGUUCUCCGCGGUGCAGGGGGUUUUAUCCGACCGGAACCCGAAGUUACUGGGCUUUUCCUCGCCGUGUUUGUGCGUGGUGCAUUCACUGACCCACUUAGCGCUGGAGAAGGUCUACUCGAAGAAGAGGUGCUUUCCAGGGAGGCCAGUGGUUUUCCAUCUGCUCCUCUAUCCGUCUGUUUACAUCGGGCUGCAGGUCCUGAUAGGCAACAUCCGCAACGCACUGACCAAGCAGGUGAGGGUCAUUUCAGGGACGCACUUGGUCCUCCACUACAUCCUGGCUCUUUAUUUUAGUCAGGUGUUCCACAAGGGGCUGUCUAGGCUGCAGUACUAUCCCACCAGAGGAGCCCUUCCUCUUCAAAGCCUCCCUGGGUACUUCCGCUUCUUGUUUUUUGGCAUGCACGGCUUUCUGGACGAGGUGGCGUUCACCUCCGUGUUCAAUCUGGUGGAGAACCGGAGCCUGACGGGUUACACGUCCCUGUGGUCCUUCCUCAUGUACGGCAGCUGCAGCUUCGUGAUGGAGAAGCUCUACCUGCACCUGCACUUCCAAAGAGGCUGGAGGACCUGGCGGAGGCUCCCCAUCUACAUCUGCUUCAUCUACACCUGGGAGCUGUGCUGGGGUCUGGGUCUGAGGCAGUUCGGCGCCUGCUCCUGGGACUACUCCCACUAUCCGCACAACUUCAUGGGACUCAUCACCCUCCUCUACUUGCCGGGGUGGGCCUGCCUGAGUCUUUACCAGGAUGUGCUGUCCAACAUCCUGCUCGGCAUCACGUGCACCAGAGAGACUCAGCGAUCAAGCGUGGCUGGCCGAGAAGUCAAUGGACAGCCUCGAUCUCGGGAAAAAAUAUUUUAAAUGUACAAACUGGCGUAGCGGUGUUACAUUAACACUGACUGUGAUUCACACAGGCGAGACAUUUAUUAAGAAAUUAAAGAGGGAGAGUCGAUAAUUACAUGACGUCAAAGGGUAUUUAUACAGCGGUUUCACCCGUGCAUGUGCAAUGCGGACAUUUUAUUUAUUUUUAUUUUUUUUAACUUUUCAUAUGAAACUAGGAGAGAGAUGCUUAACUAAAAAUGAAAUUCAGUCAAUAGGAUCAGGAUAAGGUGCCUUUGAGACCUCAAAAAAAAACAAAAAGUAUUUCAUAUUCCUCGUAUUAAGUAGAUGCUGUGCUGUUAGAAAUGCAUAUUGGUCAAGCUCCCACAUUUUAGUUUAUUUUUUGUGAAAUUAACUGCAAGCAGAUUACGUCCACGCAAACAGAAAAAUAUGUGAGCUUGCUGACAGGGUGGACAAUGACAGGUUGGACAUUUUUGCCUAAAGUUAUGUAUGAACAUUAUGUAAUGAGCACAUGGUGCACCAUCACUUAGCAAUAUGAUUCAAUCAAAAACCCGACCGCGUACUGUUUAAAAAAUACGGUUUUGAUAUUUCACUAUGACAGAGUUGACACGCUCAACAUCCAACUGCACACAUACUGUGAUAUGAGAAAAAUCACAAAACAUAAGUGUAAAUAUUUACCCCGCAACUAUCCACUGUUUCAUUCUCUACUGAAGACAAAAUGCUGGUCGUAAUAUAUCACUGUAAACAUUAUAGAGCUUCUUAAACGGUUAGUUACGCGAUAAUGACAAGGUGGACAGCAAUUUCAGGGACACGUGCAAAACGUUCAAUAUGAUUAUGAAAAUAGAAUAUACAUGGUGAAAAUCACCCGUUUUAUCAAGUAACUUGUUGUGGACAAUAAAACCAUGCAAUAAAAUUUGGAUUUAGUAUCAUUUAACACCGUAUUACACACACUGUUAUCCCGAGCAGUGUUUGGGAAAUGCCUUAAUCAUGCAUAGCCGAUGAACAAAAACGGUGUAAAGAAAAGGAAACAAAUUUUAAGAGACUUAUCAUUGUAGUGGUAUGUGUGCAAAUGUUUGGUCACCUAUAAUAAGACCUUAAAGCGUCAUUAUUCAGCUGCAUUUUCAUGAUGACUGAGUGAUUCUGAUGAAGAUACCAAAGGCACUUUGUAGUGAUACUGACCCUCCCACACUGUCUGGCUCUGCCAUGUUUCUACUCACAAAAAUAGCCUAUCUUACGGUCACGUAAAUAUGUAGUCACUGUGAAUGGAAUCCUCCAUUGAGUUGUUUUAAUCCAACAUUAUAGUCUGCUCUUGUGCUCAAAUUAUGUGUAUAUUAGUAAAGCAUACUAAAAAAAAAAAAAAAUGAUACCUCGCACUGUGAUGAUCAAAUCAAAUCUCUGUAAAUCCUGUUCAACUAGUUGUCGUUGCAGGUACACGGCAUGAAUUGGACCACAGAGUAACAUUUGUUCUCAUAAAGCUGGCUCCUCAUUACAAACGCAACAUCAAGUCCCAACAUGACAAACCUGUUUUGAAUGCCACGUGAGUAAGACCGGUUUGGAUGUGAUGACGUCAACUUGCACUGUGCCAUGGAUUGUCAAAAUAAUAAGAAGAAUAAAAGUGCAAUAAAA